AGGCAGCACUAAAUAAAAGGUGUAUUAGGGCGCGCAGGGAAGGGUAUGCAAGGAUGGCUCCUCCAGUGGGAGGUGUGGUGCUGGACUGGCGUGCGUCUUUCAGGAUCGUUCGAAAGGUUUUGUAUUGGGUCAUCUUCAUGGCCCGUUUCCUGCAGCUGCCCAGCAGAGUGGCAUUGGUAGCAACAGCUGCUGGUGACAGCGGCAGUGGCAGCGGCAGCAGCGGGAGCGGCGGCAGCAGCAGCACCCCCACCGCCGCCGCCACCACCCUGCAGGUCUCCUCCUGGUCGUGGAUGCGACUCCUGUCGUUGCGCGUGCAAGAGGAGGAUGGAUCUUGGCGGAGGGCUGUAGCCCGUAGGAGGCGCAAGAGUUUGCAAGCCAGUACGGUUUGGCAGGAUCGGUCGUUUGCCAACUCGAGGGGCCAGACCAUCUUCACGCAGUCAUGGACUCCCACUGACUGUAAGCGUAUCAAGGGAUUAGUCGUUCUACUCCACGGGCUGAACGAGCACAGUGGACGUUACGAGCGCUUUGCCACUCAACUCAACGCACAUGCCUACUCCGUGUACGGGAUGGACUGGAUUGGGCAUGGUGGCACUGACGGGCUUCACGGUUACGUCGAAUCCCUGGACUAUGCGGUUUUGGACGCGGAGGAGCUCUUGUAUAGAGUUUCUGCGGAGAUGCCGGGCAUUCCGGUCUUUCUUUUUGGCCACUCCACUGGCGGUGCCAUCGCUCUAAAGGCAGCGCUGCGGCCGAGUGUGCGGGACUUGCUGGCUGGGGUAAUACUAACAUCUCCGGCACUUCGUGUACAAUCGUUUCACCCGGUCGUAGAGCUUGUCGCACCCUUUUUUUCCAUGGUACUUCCCAGGUACCAGUUUCAGGCUGCAAACAGGCGGCGCUUGCCCGUCACUCGUGAUCCCGUUGAACAGGUUGCUAAGUACACCGACCCCUUAGUGUACACUGGACCCAUCCGGGUUCGAACGGGUACCGAGAUUCUGAAAAUCACCGCUUUCUUGCAAAAGAACUUGCAAAACGUGAGCACUCCCUUCUUGGUGCUGCAUGGGACGGACGACAAGGUUACCGAUCCAGCGGGAUCGCAGAGGUUGUACGAGCAUGCUCGCUCCAAGCGCAAGACGCUCAAGCUGUACGAGGGGCUGUUACACGACUUGUUGUUUGAAGUCGAGACAGACAGGGACGUGGUGACCAAGGACAUCAUCGACUGGUUGGAGAGCUUCAACGCUCUGCCCAUGUAAAAUAAUAUUGUUACACAAUACAAAUGGUUCACUUGUUUUA